UUUCGAUUGCUGUUAUCCCGACGCUACCAGAUUAUGGGCUUCAUGGUCAAACUUGGGCCUAAUAAGAAGGCCCAGUAACCAACGUGGCAGAAGAAUUUUGAAUAACUCUCAACGUGCCAUGAUCAACCCCACUUGUGAGAGGGACUCCAAUUUUAAAACGAGACAUGGUGUUGACAAAAUGCCAUUAACCAUCGUAAAGACCUUGUGCUGAGUACGUAGUAACGAACGGAGGAAUGUGGCGGUUUGUGUCUCGUCGCGUUCGAGCUGCGAGGAGAUCGGAAUCUGAUGGUGCUCUCAUCAGUUCUCAAGUCUCCACAAGAUUGUUCUCUGCUCGUUCGACGACAAGAGAUUAUACAAUCGUUGAUCAUAAGUAUGACGCGGUUGUUGUAGGAGCAGGUGGUGCUGGACUUAGAGCAGCUAUAGGACUAUCAGAACAUGGUUUUAACACAGCUUGCAUCACUAAGCUUUUUCCUACUCGUUCUCAUACAGUUGCUGCUCAGGGAGGUAUAAAUGCUGCAUUGGGUAAUAUGACUGAAGAUGACUGGCGAUGGCAUAUGUAUGAUACCGUCAAAGGAAGUGACUGGUUAGGUGAUCAAGAUGCAAUUCAGUAUAUGUGCAGGGAAGCUCCAAAAGCUGUGAUUGAGCUUGAGAAUUACGGGUUGCCGUUUUCUCGAACAGAAGAUGGAAAAAUAUAUCAACGAGCUUUUGGUGGUCAGAGUCUCGACUUUGGAAAAGGUGGCCAAGCAUAUCGUUGCGCAUGUGCUGCUGACCGCACUGGGCAUGCUUUGUUACACACUCUUUAUGGCCAAGCGAUGAAACAUAACACUCAAUUCUUUGUUGAAUACUUUGCCCUUGAUUUGAUUAUGAACAGUGAUGGAACAUGUCAGGGAGUCAUUGCACUGAACAUGGAAGAUGGCACUUUACAUCGUUUCCACGCUGGCUCUACGAUCUUAGCCACUGGGGGGUAUGGGAGAGCUUAUUUCUCAGCAACCUCAGCACAUACAUGCACAGGGGAUGGAAAUGCCAUGGUGGCACGUGCCGGGCUUCCGCUACAGGACUUGGAGUUUGUUCAGUUUCAUCCUACUGGUAUCUAUGGAGCUGGAUGUCUCAUUACUGAAGGAGCUCGAGGCGAAGGUGGGAUUCUCAGAAACAGUGAAGGGGAGAAAUUCAUGGACCGGUAUGCUCCAACAGCUAGAGAUCUUGCUUCAAGAGAUGUUGUCUCAAGAUCUAUGACUAUGGAGAUCCGGGAAGGGCGUGGUGCAGGACCUAUGAAGGAUCAUAUUUACCUUCACCUAAACCAUCUACCACCAGAUGUUCUUAAGGAGAGGCUUCCUGGUAUAUCUGAAACUGCUGCUAUUUUCGCGGGUGUCGAUGUUACAAGAGAGCCUAUUCCUGUGUUGCCUACUGUGCAUUACAAUAUGGGUGGCAUUCCCACCAACUACCAUGGAGAGGUGAUUACUGGUGAUGAUCCAGAUUCUAUAGUUCCUGGACUAAUGGCUGCAGGAGAAGCAGCAUCUGCAUCUGUCCAUGGCGCCAAUAGGCUUGGUGCAAACUCACUUCUUGACAUUGUUGUUUUUGGCCGAGCUUGUGCAAACAGAGUUGCAGAGAUUCAAAAACCAGGCGAGAAACUGAGACCUUUAGAGAACGAUGCUGGUGAGAAGAGUAUUGAAUGGUUGCACCGACUAAGGAACUCAAAUGGGUCGCUUCCAACUUCUAAAAUCAGAUUGAACAUGCAAAGAGUCAUGCAAAACAAUGCUGCUGUCUUCCGUACACAAGAAACACUAGAGGAAGGUUGUGAUUUGAUCGAUAAGACUUGGGACAGUUUUGGUGAUGUCAAAGUGAAGGAUAAGAGUUUGAUAUGGAACUCGGAUUUGGUAGAAACUAUGGAGCUGGAGAAUCUUUUGAUUAAUGCGUGUAUAACAAUGCAUUCUGCUGAGGCUAGAAAGGAGAGUCGUGGAGCACAUGCUCGUGAGGAUUUCACGAAACGAGAUGAUGAGAAUUGGAUGAAGCACACACUGGGGUAUUGGGAAGAAGGGAAGGUGAAACUGGAGUAUAGACCCGUCCACAUGAACACAUUGGACGAUGAGGUUGACACUUUCCCUCCUAAAGCUCGAGUAUAUUGACAUUUCAUAAACCUCCUUUUUCCAAGAACUUAUGGUGAGUUCGAGGUCACCUUUCUCUAUAACAAUUCAACUGUAUUUUGAAACAUAUCAUCCGAUUGAAUAAUUCUUAUAAAAAUGUGGAUAUGUGUUGUUAUUGUUCGCAUUUGUUUCCAGAGGUGAUUCUUCACCCAUCACACAAAUUUUUAUAAUAUACAAUAUGUUAUAUCUACACUAUAAUAAAGUAAUGAAAAUUUGGUUUCUCUUUUGAGAAUUACUUGUAAUCCUAACCGGCGCAUUAGCAUGGAUAAUGUUAUUUUAAUUAUGAGAAAUAGUUUCAUAAUAUUAGGAAUUUUUAAUCUGGUAAAACCAAAUCAAUUAAAGUCGAACCUAGAUAGAUAAAGUGAUUUGCAUUUUUUUACUGUGAUUUGUUCUCUUAUAUAUUUAACAUUUUGUUCAUCAUUUUAAAAUACCGCUAAAAAUGUAUUUAUCGAUAUUUAAGUUUUGAUUUGAAAAAAAAACAUAAGCUAAGCUUUACCAAUUCGUGGUAUUUUAGAAUAAAAAUGAUAAGAGAGGGAGAGGAGAGAGGGAGAGAAUUCUAAUGUAAUUUAAUGUAAACAAAAAUUAAAUUUCAAUAUAUUUCUAAAGUUAUUGAUAUGCAAUUAUUGUAAAUUAAAAUUAACAUAAUCAUAUAUAAAUAUAUAUUAAAAUCACUUAAAUAAAUAUGUAUUUCAUGAUAUUAAUAUAAAUCAAAGUUGAUAAAAAAUAUAAAUCAAAUAAAACAAAACAAAACUUGGAGCUUAAUUUGAUUUAUUGUGUGUGCAUACCUCUAUAUAUAUAUUUAUUAUUAUAUAAAUAGAAAACUCUAUAUUAAUUUAGAAUGAUUUGUAGUUUAAUAGUGUUUGAAGAUUAAUUAUCAGUUUCCAAAUAGUUAAUUUUCAGUUUCCAGUCUAAAUGUAAAGCAAAAAAAAAAAAAAAUUACUUUCCCCAAAACUAGAAAAUUUACUCUUUUUGAGUGGGCGGCGAAUCCAAAUAUGAAAUUUAGCUAAACAUAGAUUUUCGGAUUUCAUUCCACUAUAAAAGAGAUUAGAUAAUGUGAACAAAACGAUUCACUAUAAAAUCACAUCCGAUAUCUCUUUGAGUGCACUCGUAACAUAUCAAAGAUGGAUCUUAGAGAAGCUAUGAGAAAGCAAAACGACGUUGCAGUGAACCUUUCCAUGAACGUCUUAUCUUCCGCGACCAAAGAUUCUAAUGUAAUCUUCUCGCCGGCGUCAAUCAACUCUGCGAUCACCAUGCACGCCGCUGGUCCCGGAGGAGAGUCAAUCGCUAGUGAAAUCCUCUCCUUCCUCAGAUCUUCGUCAAUCGAAGAGCUCAAGACCAUCUUCCGCGAAAUAUCCUCCGUCGUCUUCGCCGAUCACAGUGCAAGUGGCGGCCCAAAGAUCACGGCCGCGAAUGGCUUAUGAGCCUAUGCUUUAGAGUCCAUUAUCCUGGUCACCUAACACUGAUAUGAGCCUAUGCUUUAGGGCCUAUUUGAAUACCCAGAGAUAGGGUCUAUCCGUGGGCUGCACCUCUUUUGGGGAUUAGUCUUGGCCUCUCCAUGGGCCUGAGAUACCCCAGGUUAAUAAAAAAAAAAAAAGUUACAAGGAUCUCUUCGAAAACUUCUUCAACUCCGUGUAUGCUCCAGUUGAUUUCCGAUCAAAGGUAAAGUUUCAUCUUUUAUUCAGAAAAUUAGGGUUUCGUCCCCCUAGAAAAAUAUAAUAAAAUAAUUUGUUUACAAAAAACAAAAACAAAAUAAAUUAGAGUUUCUGAGAAAUAUUGUCUUCUUGUAAAUCAACCCAGCUCAACUUCA